AUGAAGUUACUGAUACCUUUUCUGGCUUUAAUCGGCUCCUCCUUAGCCGGAAACUCCGGAGGAUUUUAUCAGGGGUCACCACAAGGUCCGCCUCAAUAUCAGCAGCCAGCUCAGGCCAACGGAGGCAUACGCGCACGUAUCAAUCGGAAAGCGUUUGAAGAUAUUUCGCCGAUUGCCGAGCAGAUUCUGAACUCCGAGAUUACGAAGGCCAGGCUGCCGCCGAUUAGCCAGUGCAUUCCGCAGGCCGAUGGCUGCCUCCAAAUCUACAACAUCUUCGUCGCCAGAUACAAAUGCCCCACUUCGGUGAAAAUCCGUCCAGCCGAACCAAACGUGAUUAGGAUCUCGGUGAAGGGCCUGGAUAUUGGAGUGACCAGCAACCUGGGAGGCCGCUUCGUGAUCCUCAUGCCAAUCCAGUUGUUCGGCAUCGUGCAGGCCAAUUUGUUCCAUGUCUCUUUGAAGGUUAUCAACGAGAAGCUGAGCGGAAAAUUAUCAGCUAUCCCUCAAUCAAUUUCCGUCGGCCAGAUGGUGGACCUCUUUGGUAGCGCAUUGGGAUUAGAGGAAGGAGGCUCUGAGACGACUACGGAAGCAUCCAGCGCGGAUUCCGGCAAGACUGAGGAUUCUGGAAAGACGAGCGAGUCUGAUUCGGAUCUACAAAAUGUUGGCGAUUCGGGAGAUUCUCAAGUUUCGACGAUUGCCGAUUCUGCUAGCAGCUCUUCAGUGUCGGAAUCUUCUGGCACACCAAAGCCUGGAUAUCAGGAUCGUAGGAAAGUCAAGAAAGCCCGCGCCGUCUCCAGAAGGCGCUCGGCUAAACAGCAGGAGGCCAAUCAAACCCUGGAGUCAUUGGACGCGCAGAACUAUGAGAUCGAGAAGCAAGCCAUUGUUCGUGCACUAAUGGCCGCGAUGGAUUUGGUGGAUGGACCCGAGAAAAACGACCUCAACCGACUCCCCAGAGCCAGCAGAAAUUCGAUGGAGCCGGAGAGCUUUGGCGAGAUCCCGAAGGUCAGGAGAUCGUCUGGACUCUCUUCUGGACUCAAACGGAAACUACGUCAAUCUGACGACGAUGAUGACUCCUCAUCAUCAGCAACGCCAAGCGAUCCAAUGGCCCUCCUCAAGCAGUUCGCCUCCAAGCUUGAUUUUAAGAAACUCGAUGACGUCUCUGUCUCCCUCGGGCUGGUCAAAACCGAGGCCUCCAAGUGCGGAUUUGCCGUCGAUUUGGAUGGAGAAUUCUCGCAGAAUGCUGUUGGUAAG